CCUCAAUAAAAAUAUUAUUUUUUUGCAGUCUCGUAUUGCAAUAUAUAAAGCAUGUUUUUGGGUAAGACAGUGACAGUAUUUAGUAAGGAUCGAACAGAAAUACAUAAAAUGAAAUUAUUGGUAUUAGCUCUUUGCGUGGCUGUCACCAGCGCGGCUGUGGCCCGGCCCUGGCAGCAGAGUGUGGUGGCACAGAGAAAAGUGGUGGCUGACCCGGUGAACGCAGCCAGGAAGGUCCCUUCCACUAGUAGUGUCUCAAGUGAUGUGGAUUCUCCUAUCCUGAGAUCGGACAUCAACGUUAAUGCUGAUGGAUUUGCUUAUGCGUAUGAGACGGGUAAUGGUAUCGCAGCUUCAGCAAGCGGCUCUCUAAAGACUGUGGACAAAGUUGAUGCUCUUACCGUACAGGGAUCAUACCACUACGUGGCUCCUGACGGUACACCAGUCCAAGUAGAUUACACUGCGGAUGAAAAUGGUUACCAGCCAAAUAGUGACCUCUUGCCUGUUCCACCACCUAUCCCAGAAGCCAUCGUCCGUUCUUUGGCGUACAUUGCUGCUCAUCCACCUAAAGAGUAUUAAUAGUUCAAAAAAGAAACGUAGGGGCUAAACACCACGAAGAAAAAGACCAUGGCCAAAGAACUAUAGGAACUGCAUCGAGCAACAAGAUGAAUAUUAUUGUUACAAACCAGCAUUAUAGUUAUAGUUUAACUGUAAAUAAAUAUUAUGAGUUUACGUAUAGUAUUUAAUUUUUCUAUUGUAACACGAUUCUUGAGAAAUUUUAUACAAAGAAGCUGCUCCCUCUUUUUUUCU